AUGCUGGAGACCUACAGGAACCUCACUACCAUAGGAUACAGUUGGGAAGACCAUAAUACUGAAGAGCAUUUUCAAAGCUCUAGAAGACAUGAAAGGCAUGAAGGAAGUCAAACUGAAGAGAAACCUUCUGUAUAUACUCAAUAUGGUAAAGACUUUGCAUAUGAUACCUUUGCACAACACAAUUAUCUUCAAAGGCAUGAAAAAACACAUACUGGAGAUAAACCCUUUGAAUGUAAUGAAUGUUGUAAAGCCUUUGUUUAUCACAGUAAUCUUCAAGUACAUAAAAGAACACAUACUGGAGAGAAACCCUAUAAAUGUAAUCAAUGUGGUAAUGCCUUUUUAUGUCACAGUGAUUUUCAAAGGCAUAAAAGAACACAUACUAGAGAGAAACUCUAUGAAUGUAAUCAGUGUGGUAAAGCCUUUGCUCAACACAGUGCUCUUAAAUUGCAUAAAAGAACACACACUGGAGUGAAAUCCUAUGAAUGUAAUCAAUGUGGUAAAGCCUUUUUAUGUUACAGUACUCUUCAAAUUCAUAACAGAACACAUACUGGAGAGAAACCGUAUGAAUGCAAUCAGUGUGGUAAAGCCUUUGCUUACCAUAGUAAUCUUCAAGCACAUAAAAGAACACAUACUGGAGAGAAACCCUAUGAAUGUAAUCAGUGUGGUAAAGCCUUUGCUCAUCACAAUACUCUUCAAUUGCAUAAAAGAACACAUACUGGAGAGAAACCCUAUGAAUGUAAUCAAUGUAAUAAAGCCUUUGCUCAUCACAAUACUCUUCAAUUGCAUAAAAGAACACAUACUGGAGAGAAACCCUAUGAAUGUAAUCAGUGUGGUAAAGCCUUUGCUCAACACAGUGCUCUUCAAUUGCAUAGAAGAACCCACACUGGAGAGAAACCCUAUGAAUGUAAUCAAUGUGGUAAAGCCUUUUUAUGUUACAGUACUCUUCAAAUUCAUAACAGAACACAUACUGGAGAAAAACCCUAUGAAUGCAAUCAGUGUGGUAAAGCCUUUGCUUAUCAUAGUAAUCUUCAAGUACAUAAAAGAACACAUACUGGAAAGAAACCCUAUGAGUGUAAUCACUGUGGUAAAGCAUUUGCUCAUCACAGAACUCUUCAAUUGCAUAAAAGAACACAUACUGGAGAGAAACCCUAUGAAUGUAAUCAAUGUAGUAAAGCCUUUGCUUAUCACAAUACUCUUCAAUUGCAUAAAAGAACACAUACUGGAGAGAAACCCUAUGAAUGUAAUCAGUGUGGUAAAGCCUUUGCUCAUCACAAUACUCUUCAAUUGCAUAAAAGAACACAUACUGGAGAGAAACCCUAUGAAUGUAAUCAGUGUGGUAAAGUCUUUGGACGACACAGUUAUCUUCAAAGACAUGAAAGAACACAUACUGGAGAGAAACCCUAUGAAUGCAAUCAGUGUGGUAAAGCCUAUGCUGAUCGUGGUACUCUUCAAAUUCAUAACAGAACACACACUGGAGAGAAACCUUAUGAGUGUAAUCAGUGUGGUAAAGCCUUUUCACAACACAGUCAUCUUCAAAGGCAUGAAAGAACACAUACUGGGGAGAAGUCCUAUUAA